AAGCAACGCUGCGCCUUGGCGACUCUGUUUUCUUAAGUCUGCGGAGUCCCGGCCCUUCUCGCGCUCUUCAAUCUCGUAGCGAUUGGUCGACGUCUCCGGGAAAGGCGGCCCUCGCAUCGAUUGGCGAGCCGACAAGCCAAAGAGACGGCCAGGUAGCCCCGCCGGGGAGGGGGCACUCGGGCGCGGUCCGUUGCCGGGGCGCCGGUUGCCAGGCAGCGGCCAAUCGGGGCGCGGGAUGGGCAGAGGGCGCCUGGAGCCGUUCCCCGCCGAAGCGCCUGGACUCCGCCAGAGCGGCCCCCGCGCGCCGGAAGGGAGGCCGAGGCGCCGCCGCGGAUGUUUCCCCGCUAGCGAAGCUGCCGCAGCUCCCUCGGAAGCCGGAGCCGGGGACCUGGGGGGCUCGGCCCCCGCACCGCCGGAGAAGGCCGCGGUCGGGACGGGGCAGCAGCAAUGGCGGCGGCCGUGGCCACCAAGACGGCCUGGAAGCUGCAGGAGAUCAUUGCCCACAGCAGCAAUGUUUCUUCCCUCGUUUUGGGCAAAAGCUCAGGCCGGCUCCUGGCAACUGGUGGAGAUGAUUGUCGAGUUAAUAUUUGGUCAGUUAACAAGCCCAACUGCAUUAUGAGUUUAACUGGCCACACAACGCCAGUGGAGAGUGUGAAAAUUAAUACAAAUGAAGAGCUCAUUGUUGCAGGAUCUCAGUCAGGCUCCAUUCGGAUCUGGGACUUGGAAGCUGCCAAAAUCCUCCGUACACUAAUGGGCCAUAAAGCCAAUAUUUGCAGCCUUGAUUUCCAUCCGUACGGAGGCUUCGUAGCUUCGGGGUCCAUGGACACCAACAUCAAGCUUUGGGAUGUAAGAAAAAAAAGUUGUGUCUUCAGGUACAAGGGCCACACAGGAGCGGUUCGGUGUCUCCGCUUCAGUCCGGAUGGGAAGUGGCUGGCAUCUUCCUCUGAUGACCACACAGUGAAGUUGUGGGACCUGGCUGCUGGGAAGAUCAUGUUUGAGUUCACAGGACACACCGGGCCUGUCAACGUCAUUGAAUUCCACCCCAACGAGUACCUUUUGGCCUCGGGGAGCUCCGACAGGACAGUCAGAUUCUGGGACUUGGAGAAGUUCCACACAGUGAGCUGCAUUGAGGAAGAGGCCACGCCUGUUAGGUGCGUGCUUUUCAACCCUGAUGGCUGCUGCUUGUAUGCCGGCAGCCAGGAUGCCCUGCGAGUCUAUGGCUGGGAGCCCGAGCGAUGUUUUGAAGUGGUUUUGGUGAAUUGGGGCAAAGUGGCCGAUUUGUCUAUCUGUAACAAUCAGUUGAUUGGCGUUUCUUUUAUCCAAAGCACCGUCUCAUCAUACGUUGUAGACCUCAGCAAAAUCACAAAAUGUGGGUCUGGACUCCAUGGACUGAUCAGAGAUGACAAGCCGCUGAGCCCGCCCCCAACUCUGGGCUCCUCCCUGCGACGCAUCUAUGAAAGGCCAGCAACCUCCUGCAGCAAGCCCCAGAGAAUGAAACACAACUCGGAGAGCGAGAGGCGCAGUCCAAGCAGUGAGGAUGACAGGGAGGAAAGGGAAUCCACUGCAGAGAUCCAGAACUUGGAGGAUUACAAAGAGAUAUUCCAGCCAAAGAACUCUAUCACACGAACUCCCCCCAGCAAGAGCGAGCCUUUCCCUGCCCCUCCGGAAGAUGAGGCAGCACUUGCAAAAGAAGCCUCGCGGGCUGGUCAAGCAGGAGAUGCCGAGUCCCCCUCGCCAGGCCAGGAGGGGCAGACAGACCCUGUUCAGAGGCAGCCCGUAGCUGCCUCAACCCCAAUCACCCGAGUGGAGCCCUUGGUGAUUCCAGCUGCCAGGAAUGAGCCUAUUGGGCUGAAGGCCUCUGACUUCCUGCCGGCCGUGAAGAACCAGGGCCUAACGGAAAUCGUAGACGAGGAGGCCCUGUCCCAGAUCCGGAAGGGCCACGAGACCAUGUGUGUUGUGCUGACCAGUCGCCAUAAGAAUUUGGACACCGUGAGAGCGGUGUGGAGCACUGGGGACAUCAAGACUUCAGUAGACUCUGCGGUGGCCAUCAAUGACCUCUCAGUGAUCGUUGACCUUCUGAACAUUGUAAACCAAAAGGCAUCUCUUUGGAAACUGGAUCUGUGCACGGUUGUCUUGCCACAAAUAGAAAAGCUUCUGCAAAGCAAAUAUGAAAGUUACGUUCAGACAGGCUGUGCGUCCCUGAAGCUAAUUCUGCAAAGGUUUCUGCCCCUGAUUACGGACAUCCUCACCGCACCCCCGUCGGUGGGAGUGGACAUCUCCCGAGAAGAGAGGCUCCAGAAGUGCCACGUGUGCUACAAACAACUGAAGGCCAUCAGCACUUUCAUCAAGAACCGGUCUGGCCUCAGUGGCCGCCACGGCAGUGCCUUCCGGGAGCUGCACCUCCUGAUGGCCGUCCUGGAGUGACCGCUGCGGCCAGGGAGUCUGGGCUGCUUUUGCCCUCCAGCUCCAUCCAGCUCUGGAGAUGCGGCCAGGGGGAGGGUCUGUCACCUCGCGCCCUUCCGGGAGGCAGCUCUUCCGCACUGCACCCGGGCCAGUGCCUUACAGGAGACCUUUUGGAGCAGACUUCCCUGCUGUGGCACCACUGACCUUCCUGCACCACCACCCCCAGCUGCCUUCAGGAGAUUGCUGAGGGGACACAGCCUGAUCGAUCCCCUUCUGGCCAAAAGCUUCCGUUGCUCAGCCCCUCCUUUUCCUCCCUGACCCCCGACGUGUGUCCUGCUCUCCAGCCAUCCUGAAUUGUGGGGGGUCGGUCUAGGGCGGCUGGCAUCCAUGACACGGCUGCACCAGGACUUUCCCGUUUGCCUUUUGGGCUGCAGAACCUGAGCCAGGCCUUUCUGGUAACAGACGGAGCCGUCACUGGCUUUUUCCCCCCGUGGAAAUUGUCUCAGUCCUGGGGAACAGAAUGGACUUUCCCUGCAUUGCUGGAGCCAGCUGGUCAUACAAUUGUAACUUAUGGGAAAUUUUAUUAAAUGUUUGUAACCGGAACUCUGUGUGGCUACAUUCUGCAGAAUAAAUCCUCUUCCUUUAUAGCUGA